AUGAAGGCCUCUGUCCUGACUGCCCUUGCCUGGGCUGCGUGCACGGCGGCAAGCCCUGUCUUUGCCCAGAGCACUCAUCUGCAAUGUACCUGCCAGCCAGAGGAGCCCCAGCCUGGCAGCUCGGUGCCUGUGAGCCCUGCUCCUGCUCCUGCGCCCGAGCCGGCCCCGUCUGCUCCCUCUGAGCCCGCCCCGAAGCCCGAGCCGCCUGUUCCUUCUGUUCCCGGGGGACCCGCUGCUCCUCCCACUACGGCUCCCUCUGUUCCCUCUGCUCCCGCUGGUCCCAGCGGACCGUCAGUGACCGCUCCCGUCCCGGAACCUCCGGUCUCUGUUCCUUCCAGCAUCUCCGUGACGGUCCCCUCGGUGACCCCGGCUCCCAACCCGGAGCCUGUUCCCAGCGUCGUGCCCUCCGUCUCCAUCCCCGCUCCUCCUACCAGCACCCCCAGCACUCCCGAUGAGGGCAACUGCGACGACCACGGCUGCCACGGCACCGGCCAUCUCCUGCAGGAUGAGGCGCCCAAGCUCGGCGAGCUCCUGACCGUGAUUGGCGAGCACUCCGAGGCGCUCGGGGUCAAGCUCGGCCCCAGCGUCGGCAAGCUCGUCUCCAGCCUGGGCCUCCCCGGUGGCCCCAUCGGCGAUGUCGUGAAGAGCGGCGGCUCGAUCGGCGAGCUCCUCGCAGACCUGGGCGAGCCGACCGAGCUCCUCGUGCACACCACCGGCAAGGACGGCGGCAACUCGCUCAUCAAGCUCGGCCCCUCGGUGGAGGGCCUGCUCAAGGCGCUGGGCCAGGACAACAUUGCGCAGCCGGUCGGCAGCAUCGUCAGCAAGCUGGGCAGCCACCUGAAGAAGCGCACCGACGGCCUGGUCGAGGACGUCGCGCCGAUCGUGCGGUGCAUUCUUGAGAUCGCCGGCGAGGACACCAAGAUGUCGCUGGUGGAGCUGAGCGAGCCGGUGGCGGGUCUCGUUGCGGGUCUCGGUCUCACGGAGGCGGCUGGCCCAGUCGGCGAAAUCGUCAAGACGGUGGCCAGUGUGGGAGAUCUCCUCGUGGAGAUUGCGCCCAUUGUGGAAUGCAUCCUGAUCAUCCUGGGCGAGGACGGCUCCAUGACCCUGGUCGAUCUGUCGCCGGAGGUGGCGGGGCUGCUGGGGGACGCUGCGGGCGAGAUUGUCAAGACGAAACGAUACCUCGGGCCAACAGACUCGCCCCACGGGGCACACUGCCGAUGUGGAGAGAGCAGGUCCUUUGCUUCUGUAUGGCGUCUUCGAGAUUGUGGGAGUCGUGGGGAUCCUCUGGCUAAUUCUUCAUCCGGAUGCAUUUAUAUCACUGCUGUCCACGUCUGUCGCAUUCCUCCUCUGCCCAUCACUGUCGCAUACACUCUCACCGUCGCAAUGCCCCCGCAAGACCUCCACAUCGCCGUCCUCGGCGCCGGCAUGGGCGGCUUAACCUGUGCUCUCGCCCUGGCCGAGCAGGGCUUCCGCCAUAUCGACGUCUAUGAGACUGCCGCUGACCUGGGGUUCGUCGGCGCAGGCAUCCAGCUGGCGCCCAACAUGGCGCGCGUGCUGGACCGGCUGGGCGUGUGGAAGCCGAUCGAGGCGGAGGCUGUCAACAUCACCGAGACCAGCGUGCGAGUCGGCGCAUCCGACACCGAACUCGCGCACGUCCCGCUCGAAUACAUCGAGCGCACCUACGGAUACCCGCACAUGGUCGGUCACCGGUCGUCGCUGGCCAACGGGCUAUACCAGGGCUGCCUGCGACACCCAGACAAGAUCCGCUUCCACUUUUCCACCGCCGCCGAGAACGUGCAGUUUGAGCCGCGGCCGCGGUUCACGGCCGUGCCGCGCGACGCCAGCCAGCGCCCCUACACCGUGGAGGCGGACGUGCUCCUCGGCGCAGACGGCAUCAAGAGCGCAACGCGCGUGGCCAUGCUCGCGACGCUGGGCAUCGUCGCCGGCGUGCAGGACACGCACCAGGCGGCGUACCGCAUCAUGAUCCACCGGGACCAGAUCCGCGACGACCCGGAGCUGCUGGCGCUGAUGGACAGCAACCGGGUGACGCGCUGGAUCGGCGAAAAGCGCCACAUCAUCGCCUACCCGGUCUCCAACAACACAAUCUACAACCUCUCCACCACCCAGCCCGACUCCAAUUUCGCCGCCGCCACCAACGCCACCUACACCACGCGCGGCUCCAAGGCCGCCAUGCUCGGCGUCUUUACCGACUUCUGCCCCAUGGUGCAGCGUCUGCUGAACUUCGUGCCUGAAGGCGAGGUCUGCGAGUGGAAGCUGCGCGUGCACGAGCCGCUGCCCACCUGGGUGCAUGGCUCUGUUGCGCUCGUCGGCGACGCCUGCCACCCGACCCUGCCGCAUCUGGCGCAGGGCGCCGCGCAGGCGAUCGAGGACGGCGCCGUGAUCGCUGUCGCGCUGGCCAGGCUGCCCGAUACGACGCCCGCGUCGAUCCACAAGGCGCUCAAGGUGUAUGAACGGGUGCGCAAGGACCGUGCGUAUGCGCUCGUCGAGAUGGCGGCGGCGUCGGGGCGCGCGCUGCAUCUCGGCGAUGGCGCGGCCAAGGAGGAGCGCGAUAAGCAGUUUGCGGCGCUGCGCCAGGGCAAGGGGCCUGUGCCGGAUAAGUGGGCGGAUGCCGAUGUGCAGCGCGAGAUUUAUGGGUUUGACUGUACGAAGGUGACGGAGGAGGUGUUUGACGAGUACUUUGCGUAA